AUGAAAUUCCUUGUCCUCUGUGCCCUCUUCGCUCUGGCCGCCGCCCACUACGGCUCCGACGACCACUUCUCCGGAAAGGCCGCCUUCCAGGGUGACAUCUACUUCGAUGGCUGCUAUGAGGAGACCUGCCACAAGGACGGUUUCUACGGCUACGGAUGCCAUGCCGGCCACUGCUCGCACAUCUGCUACUCCAAGGGCUGCUACGAAACCCACGCCUACUCCCAGAAGAGUGCUGAGAGCUGGGGCGAACAGGAGGGCCACGGCAAACGUUUCGAGAAGGGCGGCUCCAAGGGCCAGAGCCAGUACAAGGGUCACGUGCAAUUCGGUGGUCGUGUAGACUUCUCGGGCUGCACGUCUGAGCACUGCAACAACGGUGAGGUUGAGGGCUACGACUGCAAGGACGGCCACUGCGCCACCGUCUGCAAGGGCAGCGAAUGCCACGAGGAGAAGGAGUACGGAUACGGAUAUGGCUACUAA